AGCAUUAGUGUCGGGAGGGCCUGCGCAGCCGCAAGUGCGCUGUUCACGCGGACUUCUUGAAUGAAACAUGGGAUCGAUGUGGGCAUUCGUCGUAAUCGCGUUCUUCGCGAGCGUUCAUUGCGCUCCACCUGGGAAACCUUCACUCGGCUGGGGCGAGAGAACGUUUGCUAUCGUAGAAGUCAAUCAAGCUGCCACGGCUUACAAUCAGCUCGUCACCAAGAGGGAUUCUGCCGAUGUUUCAGUAACGUGGAACGUUUGGUCAGGAGAUCCAGCUGACAAAGCCAGAGUGUUGCUCAACGGCAAGGAAUUCUGGUCCGGUGCCGCCGGUGCUUCUGGUGCAGCCACCUUCAAAGUCAAGAAAGGAGGAAGAUACCAGAUGGUAGUUGAACUUUGCAAUGCGGACGGAUGCAGCUCAAGUGAUCCUACAGAGAUUGUCGUAGCUGAUACAGACGGCAGUCAUUUACCACCUCUGGAUUAUUCUAUUGGAGAGAAAAACAAACCUUUCAAACAAACUUCGGGAAAAGUACUCGGAGCUUACUUCGUAGAAUGGGGUGUAUACCCAAGGAAGUUCCCUGUGGACCGCAUCCCUAUUCCCAAUUUGACCCAUUUGCUCUAUGGGUUCAUUCCAAUCUGCGGCGGUGAUGGCAUCAAUGAUAGUUUAAAGGAGAUUGAAGGCAGUUUCCAAGCUCUGCAACGCUCGUGCAGCGGCCGCGAAGACUUUAAAGUAUCCAUUCACGAUCCUUGGGCCGCUCUUCAAAAACCACAGAAAGGUCUUUCCUCUUGGAAUGAACCUUAUAAAGGAAACUUUGGUCAACUAAUGAUGUUAAAACAGGCCAAACCCGAUUUAAAGAUUUUACCUUCAGUCGGCGGUUGGACCUUAGCUGAUCCAUUCUUCUUCUUCACGGAUAAGACAAAGAGAGACCGUUUCGUCGCCUCAGUCAAAGACUUCCUGCAGACUUGGAAAUUCUUCGAUGGUGUAGAUAUUGAUUGGGAAUUCCCCGGAGGUAAAGGCGCCAACCCCAAUCUUGGAAGCCCGAAAGACGGGGAAAUCUACGUACUCCUAAUGAAGGAACUGCGCGAAAUGUUGAACGAGCUCUCCGCUGAAACCGGAAGGACAUAUGAGUUGACUUCUGCCAUUAGCGCCGGUUGGGAUAAAAUCCAAGUCGUCGAUUACAAUGCAGCACAAAAAUACAUGGACCACAUAUUUUUCAUGAGCUACGAUUUCAAGGGAGCAUGGUCCAAUGAUACUUUGGGUCACCAAGCUUCUUUGUAUGCUCCUGAAUGGCAGCCAAAAGAGACUUACACUACUGACUUCGGCGUGAAAUACCUACUGGCUCAAGGAGUGAAUCCUAAAAAGAUUGUAGUGGGUGUUGCCAUGUAUGGACGAGGUUGGACAGGAGUCCAUGGCUACAAAGAUGAUAAUCCCUUCACUGGUAAUGCUACUGGACCCGUCAAAGGUACUUGGCAAGACGGUGUGGUGGACUACAGAGAAAUAGCAGACGAGAUAGCUGCUGGCAAAUGGGAAUAUCAUUAUGACAAAGUGGCGCAAGCUCCAUACGUAUUUAGAAAAGCAACUGGUGAUCUUAUAACUUAUGACGAUGCAAGAUCAGUUAUAGAGAAGGGUAAAUAUGUUAGAAAUAAUAAGUUGGGCGGUUUGUUUGCGUGGGAGAUUGAUGCAGACAAUGGUGAUAUUUUGAAUGCUAUGAACAUGGGUCUCGGUAAUAGUGCGUAAUCUGGAUUUAUAUCGUGAU